AUGGCGGCUCAGGGGCCUCCGGCGGCGAGAUCCAUGCGGAACUGGAGCUCCGGCCUCCCCUCGGAGCUCCUCGAGGCCAUCGGGAAGCGCCUCGCCUCCGGCACCGACGCGGCGUCGUUCCGGUCCGUCUGCUCGCCGUGGCGCGACGCCGUGCCGUUCGCGGCCUUGGCGCCCCUUCUGCUGCUCCCGUUCGGGCCCGACACGGAGCGCGUCAUGCUCUACAGCGUCGACGAAGGGAAGACCUUCUCCCUGCCGCUCCCGCCGGACGCGCGCGGCAAGGUGCCGUGCGGCGCGUCGUGCGGGUGGCUGGCGCUCAUGGACGGGUCCGCGGCCGUCACGCUGCUGAACCCCUUCACCGGGGCCCGCGUCGAGCUCCCGCCGGCCGACGACGACGUCGCCGCUGCCUCCUCGAUGUUCGUGUCCAAGAAGGACGGCCGGUGGGUGCUCCACCCCGAGGACGGCUACGGGGACGCGGCUGCUGCCAGCGCCAUCGAGCUAGACGAGAUGAGACAAGUGUUCUUCUACGAGAUCGUGCUCUCCGCGCCGCCUGACGCCGACGGCCGAGGCUGCGUGGCCAUGGCAGUCCUCCCGAGCUCCACGGAGGUCGCGUUCUGCCGGGUCGGGGUCGACAGCGCCUGGACGCUGCUGGAGACCUACCUGGAAUGCUCCGUGGACUUCGUCGUCCACUGCCAAGGGAGGUUCUUGGCAAUCGACUGCACCGGAGAGAUCUCCAGCUGCAGCAACAUCGCUGCCCAUGGAAGGCCGACCGCGACGCCGAUGCCAUCGCUGUCGCCACCUGAGGAUCUCUGCCACCGCAGCUACCUGGAAUCGAACGGUGAGCUGUACGUGGUCGGAGCCAAGGUGAACGUGUUCCGCUGGGCACAGAGGUUCAGCUACAGCAGCAUAGUCUACAGGUGCAACCUCCUGGACCCAAGCCCGGCAUGGUCCAGGGUGAAGGACGCCGGCGAUCUGACGCUGUUCGUGUCGAACCAUUUCCGUCACAGCUUCGCCGGAACAAGCGCCUCCGCGUUGAAGAGGAACAGCAUCUACUUCUCCGAGCCUCUGUAUGGUGAUCAAAAACACUUUGCCCAUUGUUUGGAGAUCGCUGACAUUGCCACCGGCACGUCGGAGGUGAAGCUUUUCCAAGAGAAGGUGCAAGCUUUCGAGGCUCUAGGUUGGAUUCGGCCAAAUUUCUGGAGGAGACGAGGUAUGUGA